GGCCCAGCACGCCGCGCCGCGCCUUUUUGGUGGCUCCCAUGUUCCCAUGGCCACCCUAAUCCCGACAAGAUUGGGUGGUCAGCGAGUUCGGCAGUUGGCCCAGUGCGUCUUCAAUGCGAUUCUGCGCCACACGCAUGAGCAUUUCUGGAUCUUGGGAGUGAGUGAUCCAUCCAUGCCUGUGGCUGGUUGUCACACACUGGAUGUUCGUACCGCAAAUCUACAUGUCACCCAAUAAGAGGAUGUCUUCGGUUAAGCCUCGAGAUUCACUUGUAGAGUCGUAUCGCGAUAUUUUAUUUGUAGUUUUUCUUGUUGUUGUCUCUCCUUCAACUCGAUGUGUAAAUUGCGCUUAACACCAGGCGAGACCACGUGACUCUGUUAAGGACUCAUGCCUUUUCGCUGAAUGAUUUCUGUGGCUCCGAUGCCGCUUGGGAAGCAAAACCCCGUCUGCGAGAAGCUGCACCUCCCCGCCAACACCCCAGAGCCGAUUUUGAUACGAGUCACUCACGACUCGGCCGGCGACAUCCAAACCAAUUCCAAAGGCCAACGGUCAAACAAGGACAGCCUGGUCUUUCGAACUAGAAACCGAACUCUCACUGAAGACUUGGAUAAAAGAAAAGAAUGAAAAUGACAGACCCAACGACAGGCCCCGAGCCGGCGCGGGUAGCCGACCUGCCCGGCCGGUCCAUGCUGAUCCUCUACGGCUCGGAGACCGGCAACAGCCAGGACAUUGCCGAGGAGAUCGGCCGCGACGCCCAGCGGUUGCACUUCAAAACCAAGGUCGACGAGAUGAACGGCGCUCAGCUGAGCACGCUCCUGCAAUACACGCUCGUCGUCUUGGUCAUAUCAACAACGGGCCAGGGCGACAUGCCCCGCAACUCCGGCACCUUCUGGAGGAGCCUGUUGAGGAAGAAGCUGCCUUCGGGGUGUCUGGGCGCCGUCCGGUUCACGACGUUUGGGCUCGGCGAUAGCAUGUAUAUCAAGUUCAACUGGGCUGCGAGGAAGCUGCACAAGCGGCUGGAGCAGCUGGGGGCCGUGGAGUUUUAUCCUCGAGGAGAAGCUGAUGAGCAGGACUCGGAUGGCGUGGACGAAAGAUACAUGCCAUGGGCAGCCGAUCUGCGCAACAGGCUGCUCGACUUAUACCCGCUGCCCGAAGGACUCAACCCUAUCCCAGACGACGCCCUCCUACCUCCAAGAUACACCGUCGCACUGGCAUCCAGUUCUGGUGCACCGCAGAGUCAAGACCAGUGGUCCAGAAUCUUUGCGAACGGCCACGCCGUUGAACCCGCAGGCCAAGAAGCUCAAUCCGACGACAACACCGACGCUACAACCACAGUCGAGGACCUGACCCAGAAGACAGGUUUUAUGGCCAUAACCGAGCGCUCCCCGUCAACAACGAACGGGACCGAGCCCCCGUAUGACCAGCCGCCGGCAACCCUUCUCCCCAUCCCCGGCGGCCAAGACGCCUCCCUCGAGCUCAAUAAGCGGGUGACCCCCGUAACUCACUUCCAGGACGUCCGCCUCGUGCGUCUCGCCCUUGAUCCGACCCGGAAUGGACCGCCCACGAUAAACCCAUUUGACAGCCUGACAAUCUACCCCAAGAACUUCCCUCAAGACGUCCAGAAGCUCAUAGAUCUGAUGGACUGGUCCACAAUUGCAGACUUGCCCCUAUCCUUUACCCCCAACCUCUCGACCUCCUCCUCCUUCUCCUCAUCGCCGUCGUCGUUGUCGUCGUCGGGACCGCCAGCUCUCCCCCGCGGCCUCUACAUCGACCUCCGCCGCCCGACGACCCUCCGCGACCUCCUCACUCACAACCUCGACAUCACCUGCACCCCGCGCCGCAGCUUCCUCAAGGACAUGUCGUACUUUUCCUCGGACGAGUACCACCGCGAGCGCCUCCUCGAGUUCACCAUGCGCGAGUACACGGACGAGUUCUACGACUACACCACCCGGCCGCGCCGCACCAUUCUGGAGGUCCUCGAGGAAUUCACCUCGGUCCGCAUACCGCUCGCCCGCGUCCUCGACAUGUUCCCCGUUAUGCGUGGCCGGGACUUUAGUAUCGCCAGUGUUCAUCACUCCUACCCCGACUCCCCUCCGUCUCCUGAUCCAUCCCAACCGGCACCGGUAUCGACACCGGCAGCACCAACGCGCAGAACAAGCGUGACGCUCCUCGUAGCCCUCGUGAAAUACAAGACGAUCCUCCGCAAGACCCGCCAGGGCCUCUGCUCGCGCUAUCUCGAAUCCCUCACCCGCCUCGGCGCGCCCCUCCGCGUGACCCUCAACCGCAGCUCCGCCUCGCUUUACGGGCCGGUUCACGCUCGUAGGCCCUUGUGCGCUGUCGCCACCGGCACAGGCGUGGCGCCCCUCCGCCUCUUUGUCGAGGAGCGUCUCUCACAUUCGUCAUCUGGCGUAGGCGACACGGCCGUGUUCUUCGGUAACCGCAGCCGGGACGCGGAUUUUCACUUCCGGGACGUGUGGGAGGACCUCGGGGCCCGCUACGCCGCCGUCGCCUCCACUGCGGAAACCCGAGACUCGGCGGCAACGGGCGGCCAUUUCGACGUCCACACGGCCUUCUCCCGCGACCCCGCGGCCCCGCGGCAAUACGUCCAGGACGUGAUCCGGCAGCACCCAUCGACAAUCCGCGCCAUGGCCGCCUCGAAUGCCAUCUUCGUCGUCUGCGGCGGCAGCCUGAAAAUGUCGCGCGCCGUCAAGGAGGCCGUCAAGGACUGUAUGCGCGGGGACGCCGACAAGUACCCGGACGACGCCGCAGUGGAGGCUGCCUUUGCGGGGCUGACGUGGUGGGAAGAGAUCUGGUGAAGUGGGGGCCUGGAUAUGCUUGGUGGUGCCGUGACGCCAGACGGCGUGUUUGGGGAUCAUCAGGGAGACACGCUGCUGGUGGACGGACUGUUUAGACAGCCCUUGAAGACGAAAGUCUUGGGUGGGCAGAGCCUAGUAUAAAAAAGAGGUCGUGUUUGUUGAGACAUGCAUGUUGAAUAGAAAACACUUUGUGGAUGGUGCCAAGGAGAAAUACGGCUUAAUAGAAUUUGACAAUAGAGAGGGGUGUCGCGGCUGCGAUCCAACCCUGAGC